AUGAUUUCUUCAUCUUCCGACCACCCUGAAUCCUGCUCAGAUCUGCCGUUGCGAGAAAUCCCCGGUGACUAUGGCUGGCCGUUCUUCGGACCCAUCAAAGACCGUUACGACUACUUUUACAACCAAGGCAAGGACGAUUUCUUCAAAACCAGAAUUCAAAAGUACAAUUCCACUGUCAUUCGUACAAACAUGCCGCCGGGACCUUUCAUCUCCUCCAAUCCCAGAGUCGUAGCCGUCCUCGAUUCCAAAAGCUUCACCGUUCUCUUCGACAACACGAAAGUAGAAAAGAAGAACAUUCUCGAUGGCACCUAUAUGCCCUCAACGGCCUUCUUCGGCGGUUACCGUGUCUGUGCUUUCCUCGACACCGCCGAAUCUAACCAUCAUGCUUUGAAAUCGUUCUUCCUCUCGUUCCUUGCUUCGUCGCACAAGAAAUUCAUUCCCUAUCUACGGACCAGCUUGUCGGAGCUCUUUGUGAGCCUCGAAAAUGAUAUCUCUGAUAAGAAAUCGGCAGAUUUUAAUGACAACAGUGAUAACAUGGCGUUUGAUUUUGUGUUUAGGCUGGUCACCGGAGUUAAUCCAUCGGAUACGAAACUCCAAUCGAAAGGUCCAGGAACCGUGAGCACGUGGUUAGCUCUUCAGCUAGCUCCGUUAGGAACGGCAGGGCUUAAAUACGUUCCGAACUUCAUCGACGACAUCAUCCACACCGUUCGUUUGCCUUUUUUCGUGAUCAAAUCUGGUUACAAGAAGCUCUACAAUGCCGUUUACGAUUCCGCAGCUUCUUUACUGGACGAAGCUGAAAAAAGCGGGAUUAAUCGAGAGGAAGCUUGCCAUAAUUUGGUGUUUCUCGCAGGGUUUAACGCUUUCGGAGGCAUGAAAGUCCUGUUUCCGUCUCUCAUCAAAUGGAUUGCAUCUGGCGGCGAGAGUUUACAUAACCGCUUAGCUGAAGAAAUCAGAACCGUCGUGAAGGAAGAAGGAGACAUCACUUUCUCCGCUUUGGAGAAGAUGCCGUUGACUAAAUCCGUCGUUUACGAGGCAUUGCGAAUAGAUCCACCGGUGCCAUUCCAAUACGCCAAGGCGAAGGAGGACAUUGUGGUGGAGAGCCACGACGCGGCGUUCCAGAUUAAGAAAGGAGAGGUAAUUUUCGGAUAUCAGCCGCUCGCCACCAAGGAUCCAAAGGUUUUCAUAAAUCCAGAGGAGUUCGUCGCUGACAGGUUCGUCGGAGAAGGAGAGAAGCUACUACAGUACGUUUACUGGUCGAAUGCGAGAGAAACAGAUGCACCGACGGCGGAUAACAAACAAUGUCCGGCGAAGGACCUGGUGGUGCUGUGCUCCAGGUUGAUGCUGGUGGAGCUUUUUCUCCGGUACGACACUUUCACGGCGGAGGUCGGCACACUAGCACUCGGCACCUCCAUCAAGAUCACAUCGUUUACGAAGGCCACUUGAGUUAUUUUUUUUUUUCAUGUAUUUUAAUUGUGUGAAAAUUUUUU